CGGAGUGAGGAGAGAUCGAGAUAUUAAAUGGGUUUAUGGUGGGAUAUUGUGAUUAAACCGCGCUUAUUUGAUGAAAGUGGAUAGUAUUGACACCCAUUCGAUAGUGGGGAGGGGGUAAGCGGGUUGAGGCUUGCCGCCCCUCCUCUCUAAACCUGAUAGCCGGGCCGGGCCGCCUCCCCUCCUGCCCUGAUCCUCGCCGCAGUACAUGUUUAUUUAUCACCAGCCCGCCCCCCUUCCUUUCAUCGGCGGCGUCUCUCUUUGGAGUUGCUGCGCCCUCCCCCCCCCCCCCCCCCCCCCCACACGCCAAUUGAUCUUUUGCUCAUAGUCAAUGAGUUGAGUUCACAGUGACGAUCCCACGCCUGAAAGGGGGGGGGGGGGGGGGGUAAAACUGCCUGCCAACCUUCCAGAGCAGGGCUGAGAAUAUUCCUUUUGCUUGUAAAUAGAGGUUAAAUGUUUUGCUUUUUUAAAAAAACAAAAGUGGGUGUUUUUUUUUAAAGUUUGGUGAUUGCGAUUUUCCACGCUACGCCUCUUUCCCCCAAUAUAUUUUUGAGAUCAGUUAUCAACCAGGAAUGUCGAAGCAGAGUGUUACUGGGGCGUCUCAGUCCCAGUCCCAAUCCCAAUCCCAGUCACAAUCACAAUCCCAGAGCGCCUCGUCCUCCAGUGCGACGGGAUCCAGCAGCCUCUCCUCUGCAGGCAGUGCCACGGUCAUUUUGGAUUCCGCUCCUUCUCAAGAGCUCACUCCAAUCCCCGAAGAAGAACCACCAACGCCUUGGGGACGGCUUUGGGCGCUGGAAAGCGGAUUUUGGAAUCUGGAUUGCUUUCAUAAUGAAUACUGGUUUGGGAGGGAUCAAUUAUGCCAGUACAGUUUUGAUCAUCCAAUAUUGAGGAAGAAGGAAUUUUUCAAAUCGUACAGCAAGAAACACUUCAGGAUGGUUAGAGAGGAAGUCCCCGGAAAUUCAUUUGUAGUGUUCAUUGAAGAUCACAGUUCGAAUGGGACCUUUCUAAAUGGGCAGAUGAUUGGAAGGAAUCGGAGAUUACCAUUGUACAAUAAUGCAGAAAUAGCAAUUAAUCAUGAAUCACACAAAGUUUUUGUCUUUUCUGAUCUCACGACGAAUGACCAGUUGAACCUACCAAGAGAGUUCCGAGAUAAAUACAUCAUCUCAAAAGCUCUUGGCUCGGGUGUUUGUGGAGAGGUAAAACUGGCUUUUGAGAAGGCAAACUGCAAGAAGGUGGCUGUGAAGAUUGUGCAUAAGCCAAAAUUUGCAAAACUUGCAACUGAGCGAGGGGAUGCAUCUUCUAAAUGUAGUGCUUCGAAUGUUGCAACAGAAAUUGAAAUUCUGAAGAAAUUGGACCAUCCUUGUAUAAUCAAGAUUGAGGAGGUGUUUGAUUUUGAAGACUCUUUCUACAUUGUACUGGAUUUGAUGGAAGGUGGAGAGCUUUUUGAUCGAGUGGCUCGCUCAAAAGGACUGAAGGAAGAAACUGCCAAAUUGCUGUUCUAUCAGAUGCUUCUUGCAGUCCAAUAUCUUCAUGACAAUAAUAUUACUCACAGAGAUCUCAAGCCUGAAAAUGUGUUGCUCAAAAACAAUGAUGAGAAUUGCCUUCUUAAGAUUACAGACUUUGGUUUGUCAAAGAUCGUGGGAGAAGCCUCACUGAUGAAGACGUUGUGCGGAACACCCACCUAUCUAGCUCCGGAGGUGCUGUUGGGUGCUGGAGCAGGCUCCUAUUCUAAAGCAGUGGAUUGCUGGAGCCUUGGGGUUAUACUUUUCAUAUGUUUGGCUGGGUAUCCACCAUUUAGUGAUCAAAACAAGGAAAUGGCACUGAGGGAUCAAAUUGUAAAAGGUCAUUACAAAAUAAUCCGUGACUACUGGGUAGAUGUCUCUGAAACAGCAAAGGACUUGGUGAAGAAGUUGCUUGUUGUAGAUCCAGAAAAAAGACUCUCAACAGAAGAUGCACUUAAUCACCCAUGGAUGCAGGAUGAAGAUAUGAAGAGGAAGGUAAAGCAGUUGAUGUAUCCACAAAGUGAAUUAAUGUUACCACCAGGCACAAGUGAACAGCCAUCAACAAGUAGAAAAAGAACACAUGAAGAGGACUGCCCCUCGCCUGCUAAACGUCCCACACAUUCUGCUCUGAACAAUAAGGCUGCUCAGGAGUAAGGAAACGAGUGGAUGCAAUGUAACAUUUACCUCCCACUUGUGUGUGGAACCAAGCAACUAAUUCUACUUGAUUUAUUUCUGGACACCUUUAAGUCCAUUUUACAUGAGAAUUUUUUUUUUAAAUAUUGGUUUAUUCUAUCAGUGUAUCUAGAAAUGUUUCUAUAAUUGUCAUGUUUGAAAUUCAAAUAUUUCUAAUUGGUUUCGUACCAUUCUAUUGGGAGAUUGCAAUGGAAGAUAAUUUGCAGUCCUGUUGAAUAGAUUUUUAUUUUACCUUUCGCAUGCUUUCUGCAUUAAGGUAUUGAAAGGUUAAAUUCAUGAGGGAUCAAAUUUAGUACAAAUAAGACUGUCUAAAGAACUUAGUGUUGCCUUUACACAGGUUAUAGUGAUAAAAAGUUGUGAUUGGGUGGGGGGGGGGGGAAGUGAGCUGUAAACAUGAUGCUAAGUGUUGCACUACUGCUUGAAAGGUUGAGGUGGGAAAAUUGACUAGAUUUCAUGACAUGAGAAAAAUUAGGAUAAAUAACCACUUUCAUCACUGCUGCUGGUAAUAGUUGAUGUGAGCUGUCAAUUGGCCAUGCGGGCUGGAUCCCAAAGGUUUAAUUUCUGACAGCAGCCUUUAGCCCUAGAUGGUGAAGGCAAAGGCACUUUAAUGUCUGGUGGAGGCUGGAGGUUUCCUCAAGUUUUUUUUUUGCCCGUCAUUUUAAUUAUACACCAUUUUGUAAGUGAGAAGUUGCCCUUGUAAAUGUCUUUUCUUUGUAUUGGUACACCAGUGUUUUAAAGAGGUGUAUCCACCAUCUGUUGUUCUGAGCCAUACAAAUCAUGAGGAACCCAAGGUAAACUGCUUUGGUUUUUGGUAGCAGUUAAAUAGUUGAGGCAGGUUCGCAGGAGGUCAUUACUGUUACCUUUGCUGCUUAGUGCUGAGCAAGUGGAGGUGAAUGUCUGUUGUUUUCCGAGGAUUAACCUCUGCUGGAGGGGGUAUAUGGCGCUGGGGGUAUGUGGAGCUUGGGCUAUGCUAGAUGAUGCUAAUCCUUUCUCUACCAGCCUGGCACUUGCUGUCCUGAUGUAGACUGCUCUUGCUGAAUGACAUGUUUCAAGACGGCAAGAGAGGCAGAAAUAGGUAUGGAGAGGAGUAGGUAAAUCAUGAAUCCAGUCAGUUUUUGUAAAUGUAAUGCAGUAUUUACAGAUUAAAUUAGAUAGUGUAAAUUCUGUUCCUUGUGCCAAAAGGACUUCAACAUACUGGAGGCAUUUUUUUUUCCCCGAGCUCAAUAUUGGAGGCAUAUUCCCAGCACUCAUUCACUUGAAUGAUCCUAUAAACUUUGUAAAGCAGUAGGAACAUUCUGAGGUGACAUUAACACAGCCUAUUGCUGCCUUCUGAUAUUUGAUAAUAAUUAUUUUAACCUGUCACAAUGACGUAUUGCAACAUGCAUACCUGUGAAACUGGGUAAACAUGUACUUAUUCAUACUGAUUGAAUAGCUCCCCACCAGCAUGGACUUCACUUAAACCCCAAUUACUAUUCUUGGAAUAGCAGCUUUCCUCUUGAGUUUUUGAUUCUCCUCAAUCCUCUUUGUAUCCCUGCCGUGCACCUGUAGCUUCAUUUGUGUGGGUUCACUCUUUUCCUUUGACAGCAACUGGUGGGUAAUUCAUCCUGUUAGACCGGUUCCAAAGCUUUCUGGUCAAGUUUGAAUUAAUUGGCAAUACCUUUUGAGUUAAGUAGUUAUGCUAUCUGAUGGUUCUGCCUGUACAAUGUACAUUUAAGGUAGCAAAGAGGUAAGAACAAAGUAUGUUAAAUUGUUUUGAAAAUAAUACAGUAUGAUUGAAACCUAAUCAAAGGACCAGUUUUGAGAAUGUUUAUUGUACAUAUCUGAGAUAUGGCAUUGAGAUUCCAUUUGCAGUGUUAUAUCGUUGGUGAUUUUUGUUUUGAUACUGAACUCAUGUCCAAAAUAUUUAGCCGCUGUUCAAAAAGUUUUAAUUUAGUGUAGCACAAACAAAGUAAAAUGAAUAAUUACUUUUGGCCAUAAUCAGGGAAUUAGUUUUUUUUUAAUAUCUGCACCAGUUGCAUUCUUGAGCCUUUUGAUAUGAUUUUCUAUUUGUUUUGUUAUUCUGCUUUUGUUGCAGAUAAACUGCCUUUGGAGCAAAGUGUGAACUUGCCUUGGAUGAUUUCUUUUUGGACAUUCUGUAUUGUUGGAACCUUCAAUGUGAUUUUGCUGCAUAGUCAUUGUGAUGAACUGAAUGUUGGUUUGGGGGAAGAAUAAGAAGUGUGGUUGGAGAACUUUUUUCUGUUUGGGGUAGUGGAUUAUUUGGCCAUUAUCGUUUUCCCCUCCAUGCCAAUUUAAUAAUGCAUUAAGCUGGGAGAUUUGAAACAAAUUGGAGUGUACAGAACUUAGCAUGAGGGAAAUAGGAAUGUAUUUAAAUGCAUUUUGAGCUGUGUUUUGAAAACAUGGAGGUUUGAUCUAUUGUGUCCCUCGAGCCUUGCUACUUUCAAGUUUUAUUUUGAAUUAAAAAUUGAUAAUUGGUCACACCUUCCAGCUGCUACUCCCUUAGAUGGUUAAGGACCCUUUUUAUCCUUGAGGAUCAUUGAAAUACCACAGUGCUGUGUCCAUCAGUGCUAGGGAAGAUGUGUCUCUGUACUUGCACUGUAGAAUAGAGCUGUGGCAAUACAACAUAGCUGGAUUCAGUGUAACUAAACACAAAUUGGUAAAAAGUUAACUUUAGCAUAAUCGUACAGGGUUUGAAAUAGUUGACUUUCCACAGCCCCAUUCUCUCAUGCACCUCAUGGUAGGUGUUAUGUGACUGUAGAUCCAGGGGUUGCUCAAUGACAUGUCUAAUCCCAGUACAUUGUAGUCCAAGUUGCUUGCCCAUAGAAUUUCAGUGAAUAAUUUGAAUUUAAGUAACUUCAGCCCCACAAUCUGAGGGGGUCUUGACUUGUCGAAUCCUAAUUGUAAAGUAAAUAAUAACUUCAUUUGCUGUUUUAUCUAUUUUAGGUUCACUUGGGUGUAUUUUUGGGGAAGGUUGUUUGUUUUAUAAGGCUAAUUCAUUUUGUAUGAAUCAAGAAAUUUCUAAGGUAAUUACACCUUUGAAUUUUAUAUUUGGACAAAAUAAAAUGUUUCCUAGUAUCAAAGUGGUUAUUGUUGCUUACUGGUAAAUCCUUUACAAAACAGAAUGGCAAGGAAUCAAAUUGCUACUCAAGUCUAUUUCAGAACUUACUGCCUGCACACAGUUCGACAUACAUACUUUAAUGUGCAGAUCAGUAGCUCAGUCUAGCUGGGGGAAUCAGUUCUGCUGUUUAUCCUUCAACAGUAGUGGGCUUCAGUGACUGCAGCUCAGAGCUGACAGGCAGUUUUCAAAAUUGUGGCCUGAUG